AUCUUUAAAAAAAAAAAAACUUUAGUCUCCUCAAAAAUUGAAAACCGUAGAAAAUCCCUCACAUACAUAAAAGCUUCCUCCUUUCCUUUCCUUGUAAUUCUUCUCUUUCCCUCUCCUCGUUUCCUCCCACAAUCCUCAGAUGUCCGACAGGAUACUCUGCAAGUUCUUUCUCCAUGGCUCGUGCUUGAAAGGGGAAAAUUGUGAAUAUUCCCAUGACUCUAAAAACCCGCCGAAUAAUGUUUGCACAUUCUAUCAGAAAGGAAUUUGUUUGUACGGAAGUAGAUGUAGAUAUGAGCAUGUCAGGACUUGUCAACCACAAUCUUUAUCUGCCUCCAAUGUUCCACGACCAACUCUUUGCUCAGAUUCUCAGCCACAAUCUUUAACACCGUCUAUGAAUCGGCGACCAAAAGCUGGUUUUGCAGGGGACAAUGAUGACGGUGACAAAUCCCCCAACAACGUUGUUCAUUAUAUCCACCCAAGAGAAUACCCAAUCUGCUCAUUUGCUGCAGCUGGUGAUUGCCCUCGAGGAAACCAGUGUCCCCAUAUGCAUGGAGACAUCUGCACCACUUGCGGGAAGAAGUGUUUGCAUCCUUUCAGGCCCGAGGAGCGAGAAGAGCACACUAAAGAAUGUGAGAAGAAGCAAAAACACAUCGAGGCUUUGAAGAAAAGCCAAGAGAUCGAGUGUAGCGUGUGUUUGGAUCGCAUCUUGUCUAAAGCCACUCCAGGGGAAAGGAAGUUUGGGCUGUUGACUGAGUGCGAUCAUCCUUUUUGCAUACAGUGCAUUCGUAACUGGAGAAGUAGUUCUCCUGUUUCAGGAAUGGAUGUGAACAGCACCUUGAGAGCCUGUCCUAUAUGUCGCAAACUCUCUUACUUUGUUGUCCCCAGUGUUGUCUGGUACUCUACUCCUGAAGAGAAAGAGGAAAUUAUCGACACAUACAAGGCAAAACUCAGGUCAAUCGACUGUAAGCACUUCAACUUUGGAAAUGGAAACUGCCCAUUUGGAGGAAGUUGUUUCUAUAAGCAUGCAUAUUCUGAUGGUCGCUUGGAAGAAGUUGUUCUACGGCAUCUUGGUUCUCAAGAAGGAGAAACUCUAAUAGCAGACACUAUCAGGCUAUCAGAGUUCCUUGGUGGCCUGCAGAUUUAAAUAUUCUUUCCCAGAGAUAUAAAAUAACACAGAUGGUGAUGACAACUUAUAUACUUUCCAAACUCAUGUGAUUCAUAAUAGUUUUGGCAAUCCUUUGAAAUUAGAAAUGGAGACAUGCUCAGGGAGGAUCAUAGUUCAUAAGAUAUCAGGACAUAGAAUAAACUCAAUGUAAAAUAAUAUUUAGAUAGGGAAGGUCUACUAUACAGUUAUGUAAAAAUAAAAUUGUUUGAACAAUGUUGUGCGCUUGGUUACGCUAUACCCAACAAAUAAUGUAAAUAAUUCUUUCAUAACACUAAUUGUGAAAGUUCUUUGAAAA